AUGGGUGGGUUUACCUGGGCAGCUUUUGAAAGCACGGAAGUCUUCCAGACUCUCAACAAACUCACCGAGCAGCCGACCACGGCGUUUACCGUGCAGGACGCUCUCGAGCGGAUCCAUAAUCUACUCCUCGCAGAAAUCGAAGCGAACAGAGACAGACCUCCUGCCGCAGCAAAUAAAGGUAAACCCGAGCUCGCGGGUAUCCUACCCGAUUGUGUUGCCGACGUCCUCGUCCAACUCGCCUGCCGAACCGAGCCACGCAAUCAAGAUAGACUGGUAGAGUUUGCAAGCCAGCUCUAUAUACAAACAGAACUCGACCCCGAAUCAAACGAGCCAGUGACACAUGAUGGGGGGACAGUGUGGAGUGAUGAUAUGCUUCUCCGCAGAAGCGCUAGCCACACCUGGGGAGAGCGCUUGGGUGCUUCGGGAAUGGAGACUGCCUCGGGCUGGGGUGGCGCCUGGGGAAUACAUUCACGUGCAGAUGACCUAGGGUUAGAAGAAGAGAAGAAACAGCGGUGGAUAAACUUGGUGGCAUUCACGGCUCGGCUUACCUCCGCUGCUAGGCCUCCCGGACCGCACAGCCCACUCUCAUUUGCACACAUCGCCCUGUGGUCCUUGCGAGCUGCGUUUGAGGGCGAUAUACAGCCCCACGAAAUUAUCGGUACGACUACGCUUCGGGUGGCGUGCUUGUGGUUCUCCUACGCCGCGGAUGCUCUGUGGUAUUUCGUCGAGAACGACAUUCCACCAGAGAGUGACUUCUUUUCCAAGCCAGGCUCACAGUAUAAGGAGAAGGAAUGGAAGGGCUUUAACCACGAGAGGUGGGAUAUCUGGGUGCAUGCUCUCGAACAGGCGCAAACAGCAUGUUCUGAGUGCGACCGGGACACCAUGGAGAUCAUACAGGACGCUCUGGCGAAGGCGAAGUCUGUGACGAGUGCUCAGGCACCAGUAAAGGACUAG